GGUACUCUCCGCGCCAGUCCGUAGCAUGGCGGGGUUCGCUGAGCUCGGGCUGUCCUCGUGGCUCGUGGAACAAUGUCGGCAGCUGGGGUUGAAGCAGCCCACGCCGGUGCAACUCGGCUGCAUCCCGGCAAUCCUGGAGGGUCAAGAUUGCUUGGGCUGCGCAAAGACAGGAAGUGGCAAGACAGCCGCCUUUGUGCUUCCCAUCUUGCAGAAGCUGUCUGAGGACCCCUACGGUAUCUUCUGCCUGGUUCUCACACCUACCAGGGAGCUGGCCUACCAGAUUGCUGAGCAGUUCCGGGUGCUGGGAAAGCCCCUGGGCCUGAAGGACUGCAUUAUCGUUGGCGGCAUGGACAUGGUGGCGCAGGCACUUGAGCUCUCUCGGAAGCCACAUGUGGUGAUUGCCACCCCUGGGCGCCUGGCCGACCACCUGCGCAGCUCCAACACUUUCAACAUGAAAAAGAUCCAAUUCCUGGUGAUGGAUGAGGCCGACCGGCUGCUGGAGCAGGGUUGCACCGACUUCACCACAGACCUGGAGACAAUCCUGGCCUCCGUGCCAGCACGCAGGCAAACGCUGCUGUUCAGUGCCACGCUGACCGACACACUCAGGGAGCUGCAGGGCCUGGCCACCAACCAGCCCUUCUUCUGGGAGGCGCAGGCCCCGGUGCGCACGGUGGAGCAGCUUGACCAGCGUUACCUGCUGGUGCCGGAGAAGGUGAAGGACGCCUACCUGGUGCACUUGGUGCAGACCUUCCAAGACCAGCUGGAGGACUGCUCCAUUAUCAUCUUCACCAACACCUGCAAGACCUGCCAAAUCCUUUGUAUGAUGCUUCGGAAGUUCAACUUCCCCACGGUGUCGCUGCACUCCAUGAUGAAGCAGAAAGAGCGCUUUGCAGCCCUGGCCAAGUUCAAGUCAAGCGUCUACCGGAUCCUCAUUGCCACUGAUGUGGCCUCGAGGGGCCUGGACAUCCCCACUGUGCAGGUGGUCAUCAACCACAACACCCCUGGGCUCCCCAAGAUCUACAUCCACCGAGUGGGUCGAACAGCCCGUGCAGGGCGGCAGGGACGGGCCAUCACACUGGUGACACAGUAUGACAUCCACCUGCUGCAUGCCAUCGAGGAGCAGAUCAAGAAGCAGCUGGAGGAGCUGGUGGUGGAGGAGGCCGAGGUCCUGAACAUCCUCACGCAGGUCAACGUGGUGCGCAGAGAGUGCGAGAUCAAACUGGAGGCCUCGCAUUUCGAUGAAAAGAAGGAGAUCAACAAGCGGAAACAGCUGAUUCUGGAGGGGAAGGACCCCGACCUGGAGGCUAAGCGCAAGGCGGAGCUGGCCAAGAUCAAGCAACAGAACCGCCGUUUCAAGGAGAAGGUGGGGCAGACGCUUCAGCGGCGACAGAAAGCAGGGAGCACCGGCCGAGGGGUGGGCCUCAGAGGACCUCAGUAAACACUCUGAACCUGCCCGUCCGACUUGAGAAUGAGGCGGGGUGGGUGCAGGGCUGCGGGUCUCUGGUCCCCAAGGCCUCUCUUGCCCCAUGGGGAUGACCACUGUGGCCCUCCCUCGCAUCCCUGGGACACAAGGUGGCAGCAGCCAGUGACAGCAGGCGCCGCAACGCCACCCACUUGUACAGCCGCGUAGAAACGUAAUCUGGGUAUCAGCGUCACCCAUGGAUUCUAGGAAACUCUACAUAGUGCAAAGCUCAGAGGCAGCCCUGGUUCCCUGCCAGGGCACUUUGGGGUCACAGACCCACGGGGCCAACUAGGGUGCGGCCUCUGCCAGGCGCGCCAGGCCCUCUCGCAGCUCGCUCAGCUCAAACAGCCGCACGUCCAGCAGUUGUGCGGCCCGGCCCACCUCUGCCCGCGCGCGCUCGCGCUCCGCCCGCGCCUCCUCCAGGCUGCACUCCAUUGCCCGCAGCUGCUGCUCCAGUUCAGCAUUCCGUGUUUCCAGAUCCUAUAGGGGAGGAAGGAGCGAAGGGUGGGGCAGUCUAUGACGCUUCUGGCUGCCCUUCCUGCUGGGUGUGGUCCAGGCUGGGACACACAGCAGUAAAGUUGUCUUAAAAGUCUGAGGUGCCCAAUGUGAGUUCAGAGCCCAACAGCCACAUAAGAAGCUGAGCAUCUCAGUACUCGGGAGACAGGAUUCCCUGGAGCACACUGGCCGGCCUAAGCCUUUUCCAGGCUGUUUCUAAAAGCAAGAUGAAGGGCUGGGGAGAUGAUUCAGUGCUUAAGAGUAUGAACUUCUCCAGAGGACUUGGGUUCGCUUCCAAGCACCCACAUGGGGCGACUCAACCAUAUGUGACUCCAUAGGGGAUCCAACACCUCGGAGGGAAUCUGCACAAGUAUAACUAACCCACACAUACACACAAUUAAAUGUUAAAAACCUGG